CUUAUUCCUCGCUUUCAUCUCAUUUCUUCCUCGUCCUCCUGUCUCCCCCAGCUGCCCAGGAGACCUGCUCCUCUCAACGACCCCCCUCCCCGCACUCACACCUCUCGGCACGCCCACAGCCUCCCCGGGCGCUCCUAUCAAACACAACAGACCCUGUGCUAUCUUUACCCACCAUGUCCCUCGACAACUACCACAAACUCGAGAAAGUCGGUGAAGGUACCUACGGUGUCGUCUACAAGGCCAAAGACAUCAACACCGGCAGCAUCGUCGCCCUCAAGAAGAUUAGAUUGGAAGCAGAGGAUGAGGGUGUACCCAGUACCUCCAUCCGAGAGAUCAGUCUGUUGAAGGAGCUGAGUAAAGAUGACAACAUUGUCAAGCUGUUGGAUAUUGUGCACUCAGAGGCCAAGCUGUACCUCGUGUUCGAGUUCCUCGACAUGGACCUGAAAAAGUACAUGGACUCUCUCGGCGAGAAGGACGGUCUCGGACCGGACAUGGUCAAGAAAUUCUCCUACCAACUCAUCAAAGGAAUCUACUUUUGCCACGGCCACCGUAUCCUUCACCGAGAUCUCAAACCCCAAAAUUUGUUGAUCAACAAGGGUGGAGAUCUCAAGAUCGCUGAUUUCGGUCUCGCCAGAGCUUUCGGUAUCCCUUUGCGUACUUAUACCCACGAGGUUGUGACGCUCUGGUACCGAGCGCCCGAGGUGCUUCUUGGUUCCAGACAUUACUCUACUGCUAUCGACAUGUGGUCUGUCGGGUGUAUCGUCGCGGAAAUGGCCACCCGUCAACCACUCUUCCCCGGUGACUCUGAAAUCGACGAGAUCUUCCGUAUCUUCCGAGUCCUUGGUACACCAGAUGAAGACGUCUGGCCCGGCGUGCGAUCCCUUCCCGACUACAAGCCCACUUUCCCUCAGUGGAGCCCUAUCAACUUGGGUGAUGUGGUCAAGGGUCUCGAUGCGGACGGUAUGGACUUGGUGGCGCAAACUUUGGUGUUUGACCCCGCUCAUAGGAUCUCUGCCAAGCGAGCUCUCCGACACCCCUACUUUGACACUGUCAACCUCGCCGCCGCCUAAGCGUGCUCCAUACCUUUCCCCAGCCUCCUCUACAACUUGUCUCACACACGACACAUCACGAAUCUAGCUAGCUGGCCUCUUCCUCAUCUCUCGAGUACGGGACUAGUAAAUCGAGACCCUGAACUCUAAGAACUCCCUCUUCAUUCUCCUUCUUGCACGUCGUUCCUCGAACAGUAAUGAUGUAUGUAUCUUUUUGG